ACUCAGCAUAUAUAUGUAUGCGUGUGUGUGUGUGUGCAAACGUGUUUGUGUGUGCGUAUGUUUGGCAGACUGACAGGCGAGGAAAGUCGAGGUGCUCAAGCUGUUGCUGGUAAAAUGUCUAAAACAAAAUCUACUUCUGAAAGAAAUGGUAUCAACAAAGAACAAUGUUUGGGAUCCGUGAUAAACAGAGCAUUUACCUGCAAUUCUCAGUGGCCCGAUAAGGAUGAGUUUUUGGACGUGAUAUACUGGGGCCGGCAGGUGUUGGGAGUGGCGCUGGGUCUUGUGUGGGGCUUCAUUCCUCUGAAGGGCUUCAUUGGCCUGUUUCUAUUCUGUGUGAUUAAUGCUGCUCUUGUAUAUUUCUAUGCAUCAAGUUUCCAAGGUAUUGAUGAAGAGGAAUUUGGAGGAAUGUGGGAAUUGACUAAAGAAGGCUUUGUAACUUCCUUUGCUGGAUUUUUGGUCAUGUGGAUCAUCUUGUAUUCAGGCUUGCAUUAUGACUGACAUCCAAGCAUCCACCUAUACAGUUAACAGUAUUUAUUGUCUAUUAUACCUUGCAAUUGAUUUCCUUUGUGAAAAAUGUAUGUUUUAUGACAUCUUUUCAAAAUUAUGUUAUUGUUCCCUCCCAUGAUAGAAGUAAUGGUUUUGUGAUUUUAUUAUUUACUUCUAUAUGUAAAUAAAAUUUCAACAUA